GCAACGGCCAUUUUGCAAAGUUGUAAUCUCACUUCCUUAAAUGACGACUGUAAAAACAGAACUCUACUUAAAGUCCUGUGUGCGUGCAGCUGCAGUGACAGCUAAGGUGGCAAAUCUCCUUCUUCCCACUACCUGCUCUGGAAACUGUUCAACAGCCAAUUGGGGGAACCCAGCCCGAGACAGCAUGAACACGCCUUGCUGAGCACACCACUAGUACAGAUGAAACCUCUGUAAGGAAGUUAGAGAAGCAUUCUUUAAAACUGGGAAGCUUUUUUAGAAGAUGGAGAACCCACUUCUUUUGUCCCCUCAACUGAACAUUUCUGCUUCAAAGGAUAAAUCCUAUUACAAAGUCAUGAAACCAACAGUCAAAGAAGAGCCAAACAAAGCAAGCAAGACCGGAGCAAAGCAGAAGAGAAACAGACUGAGCCUUCUCCUGCAGAAAUCUGAAUUACACGAAGCUGAACAUCUUGGUAAACCAACAAACUUGACACAAGCAUCAAGUGUGUCUCCUGAAGAAGCAAUGAAAUGGGGUGAAUCUUUUGACAAACUGCUUUCCCAGAAAGCUGGAUUGGAUGCCUUCACAAAGUUUCUGAAGACGGAGUUCAGCGAGGAGAACAUCGAGUUCUGGAUAGCUUGUGAGGAUUACAAGAAAAGUAAAACUAUGAAUGAACUUUUCCCAAAAGCUAAGACCAUUUAUGAAACAUUCAUACGGAAAGAUGCUCCAAAAGAGGUGAAUUUGGACUUUAAAACCAAAGAAGUUACAAGUCAGAAUAUUGAGCAGCCCGCCAUCACCACCUUUGAUGCAGCACAAAACACAGUCUACAGGCUGAUGGAGCAAGACAGCUAUCCACGCUUCCUAAGAUCUGAUCUUUAUUUGAAUUUGGUUAAGGGGAGGAAUCCUGGUCGCCCCGCUCUUAGGAGACGAUCACGGUCUUUUACUGUCAAUGAUUUUCAGGGUGUGCGGCCUGACUUCACCAUUUGGCAAUAGGGAGCUCAGCCGUCAUGAAUUCUAGCUACUGCAAGCAAAUUGUACAUGUGUUAUAAAAUACAAAUCCUUAGAUGGUGUAAACAAGUGGCAAGCAAAGUUGUAUGCAUUCUUGCAGGUCAUAGUUCUGUAGCUAGUGAGUAAUCUCAUUUGUUGUAGCUGACCAGGCAACAUAUUGAUGAGACAUGUCAUGUGAAGCUUUUGUACAGUAUUUUUUUUAAAACUCAAGUAAGAGCUGUUAUCAUAUUAGAAAGAAGAAUCUGAGUUUCCAGCAUAAAAGUGUUGUUUAAAACGCUAUUUGAUAACAUCCAUCGUGUAUUCUGAUCCUGUAUUGUUAGACAGUUUCAUCACAGUUUGAAUUUAUGUAGCUAGCCUUUGCACAUGAUUUUGUUUUUGCAGUAUUUCCUACACUAAGCACAGAAUAUUUGUGGUAUUUUCUUAUACUGCAAAACACAUGGGAACAUUAGUUAGGUGAAAUGUAAAAAUGACAUGGAUUUUAACUACAGCUACUGCAUAAUUAAAAUUUAGCUAUUGCAUAUUUCAAGAGGAUGAUAAGAAUGCAUAUUUAAUUUUAAUAGGGAUAUAUUUUAUACUUUUCUUAUUAUGUACAUUUUUUUCUCUAUAUUUAAACUAUGCUGUAUAAAUUAGCUUUGCUAUCAAA